UACUUUUUCUAGAUAUUAAAUACGUUUUAUGAAAACCCCAAAGAAAAUCAAAAGUUGGUGAAGCUUUCGGCUCCAGCUGGAGAGAAGAACGGUUCAAGCAGAUGAUGGGAGGGGAGGUGCCUUCACGACUUUGUACCACUUCAACCCUCGACACUCGCAAAAAGUCCCAUUUGUCUUUUAGCUUUUGCUUGCAGUUUCAGUUGUAAAAACACAAGCUUUUCGCUUCUGUUUUGUUGGAUCAGAUUCAAAGAAUUGAGGUUCCCAAACUCUGCUUCAGAGAUGAACCAACUAGUUGAACACUCGGCGAAUGCUCAAAGGGGCCCCCGAGUUCAAGCUCCCCUGGUUGACUCUGUUUCGUGCUACUGCAAAGUUGAUUCAGGCCUGAAAACAGUUGCUGGGGCACGAAAAUUUGUUCCUGGGUCAAAGAUCUGUAUCCAACCUGACAUAAAUCCCAAUGCGCACAGGAGCAAAAAUUCACGUAGAGAAAGGACACGGGUUCAGCCUCCUCUACUACCUGGCCUUCCAGAUGAUCUUGCUAUUGCUUGUUUGAUUCGAGUGCCUCGGAUUGAGCAUAGGAAACUGCGAUUGGUUUGCAAGAGGUGGCAACGCCUUCUUUCUGGAAACUACUUUUAUUCACAAAGGAAAAGUCUUGGAAUGGCAGAAGAGUGGGUUUAUGUCAUCAAAAGAGACCGUGAUGGGAGAAUCUCAUUGCAUGCUUUUGACCCUAUCUACCAACUAUGGCAGCCACUGCCACCUGUUCCUGGGGAGUACUCUGAAGCAUUGGGAUUUGGCUGUGCUGUUAUAAGUGGUUGCCACCUUUACUUAUUUGGUGGAAGAGAUCCACUAAGGGGAUCAAUGAGACGUGUCAUUUUCUACAGUGCCCGUACAAAUAAAUGGCACAGAGCGCCAGAUAUGCUCCGGAAACGUCAUCUCUUUGGUUCUUGUGUAAUAAAUAACUGUCUUUAUGUGGCUGGUGGGGAAUGUGAAGGAAUUCAAAGAACUCUUCGGUCUGCUGAAGUUUAUGACCCCAACCGGAACAGGUGGAACUUCGUCUCAGAGAUGAGCACCCCUAUGGUGCCCUUUAUUGGUGUAUUCCACAAUGGAACAUGGUUUCUGAAGGGACUUGGGUCCCGUCGCAAUGUAAUAUGUGAAGCCUAUUCACCGGAAUCCGACACAUGGACCCCUGUUAGUAACGGAAUGGUUAAUGGUUGGCGAAAUCCUAGUAUCUCACUGAACAGACAACUCUACGCACUUGAUUGCCAAGAUGGGUGCAAGCUUACUGUUUAUGAUGGAGCGACAGAUUCAUGGAAAAGGUUUAUAGAUAGCAAGUUUCAUUUAGGUAGUUCCCGGGCUUUUGAUGCUGCUGCUCUCGUUCCCCUGAACGGGAAGCUGUGCAUUAUCCGCAACAACAUGAGUAUCAGUCUAGUCGAUGUUUCCAGUCCAAACAGGCAUGUGGAAAGCAAUCCCCACCUGUGGGAAAAUAUUGCAGGAAAAGGUCAUCUCAGGACUCUGGUUCAAAAUUUGUGGUCGACAAUUGCAGGACGUGGCAAUUUGAAGAGUCACAUUGUUCACUGUCAGGUGCUUCAAGUCUGAGAAGCAAAGUGAAGCUUUUGGUGAUGCGGUUGGGGAAAUUGCUGGUUUCCCCGGACGGAAGAAAUCAAGCACAAGAGGUUCAUUGUAUUUAUCCUGUUUCUUGUGGAGGGACAUGUAGGAUAAGUGAUGCUUUUUCUUGUAAAGAUGAGUUUAAUUGAUGAUUUUGGGAAUAGAAUGAGGUCAUUCCUUUGCAUUCAUGAAUAGGAGGAAGAAGCGGAAUCGGAUGUUGUAAAUGUAAUUCACAGUGAUUAAGGCUAUGCUCUUUCCUUUCAUUAGAGUCUGCUAUUAGUAUUAGAUAUGAUAUGCUUUGUGACUGUUGUACAUGCCUUAUUAGAAGACAAGCCUAUACCUAACAAUUAUA